UCUGUUAUUUCCUGUCCGCCAUGAUGGACGGCCAAAUCUCACAAACUUCGCUGCAGCUUUUUUUCCUCUCACAAACAGGACACCUUUGUUGCACGGCUCGACCAAGUGGUGUUUAUGUAGUCGGCUGUGCUAGCUUUGUUGUUAAAGUUACUAAUAGCUAUGUCUAGGGGUGUCUGUGCGCGGGUUUAGCUCGAAACGGGGCCUAUUGCUCUCGUGUCACUGUCUGACAGUCAUGUGAGCGGGCCUGGCAGUGGCUGGACUCCCGCUCGCCGCCGUUUCACUGUCGGCACUCAGAGGUGGCCAGGAUAACGUUGAAAAAUUAUAUAUGUGUACAAAUACGAUGAAAUUAGGAUACUGGAGAUCUCUGUAUAAUCACGCGUCACCGAUGUAGAUCGAUAUGAUCUUUUGAUAAAAUAGUAAUGACUCGUAUAUUGAUAAAAUAUAAUCGACCAUCGCCUAUUUAGAAUCGCCAGUGCACGCUUAUUUGUGUGUGCAACUGCCCAAGACGCUCGUGGCCCUUCUGCUAACUCGCGUGCAAAUCUCGCGUGGUUCCAUUUUUAGUACAGUGUCAUUAUAAACAAUAUGAUAAUAAUGUGUAUUUGUGUAUAAUGUGUACACUGUUGAGUCCGUGUAAAAAAGCAACACGAGUUUAGGCAAACUUUGGGUUUAGGGCCACUUGAUACUGAGUUGUGUCAGCAGUAACGCGGCGAUUUAGCAUGUACAGUGGCACCACCCUAGAUAGUAAACGUUUGUGUGUCUCUAAAACAGUCUACAUUUGAUACACACAGACUUUUGCAUGUUUUACAACCCCCUUCUUGAAAUGUUUCUGAAGCUGCCACAUUAAAAUAGUUGAAAUGUAUAAACAAUCACAGCUGCCUGCAGCUAAUCAUGCAAGCUGCCAACUUAGCAUGCUAGCUAGCUGAUGACUUGGCCGGUUUGUUCACGGAAUAAAACAUGCAAUCGUCAUUUUACAUAGCCAUGAAAGAAAAUGGCAAACUAAAUGGAACUCUGAAGGAGGGAGAGGUGACUCCCACAUCCUUUAACCCAGACAGCUCCCUGCACCCUGCGAACGGCAAUGGCGAUAGACACGUGCUAGAAAUCAACUUGAAACCGAAGCCCACUCGUCGGGCCUUCACCAUUGAAACAACAGGGGACAGAAAAGGUAGAAACACUAGCAGAAACAGUAUGGACUUCAAGUCCUCAGAGCUAAACACAAUUGAGGGCAAAAAAGAGGUUUUGGCUUCGUUGAAUGGUGUAGUGUCCCUCAGCAGCUCUGUACUGCUUACCAACGGUUACCCCAGCAAACCUGGAGCCGACAAUGAUGGCAGUGGUUCAGAGAGUGGAUACACUACUCCCAAGAAGCGUCGGGCACAAAGGAAUGGCAAAACUGGGGACAAUGUGACCGCUUCUACCCAGGGAAAAGCCAUGCAGCAGGGCAGCAAACAAGGUCACGGUUCUGCAGCACCAGAGUCUGCCGACAGAGGCUCUCAGAUGGAGAGUGGCAAAGCUGGUUCAAAAGGAGAGGGCCAUGCAGCAUGCCACUUAAAAGCAAGGGAACCACCCGCGUCUCCCACCACACCCCCUCUGCCAGUGACCGAACUUCAACGUAAGAACUCUGACAGCAAAGCAACUGGGAAAAAGUUUGAGGAACGGUCCAGCAAAGUAAAGGUGGCUGCAUCCACCAAAGAGGACUCAUGGACCUUGUUCAAGCCUCCGCCUGUUUUUCCUGUGGAUAAUAGUAGCGCUAAGAUUGUGCCUAAGAUCAGUUAUGCAAGCAAAGUAAAAGAGAACCUCAACAAGACUGGCGGGGAGGCUCUCACUCCUGCUCCCCAGGUGCCUGGGAGACCUCCACAGGUCCCCAUGUCUGCGGUGAAAACCAUCACCUCAGUUAGCUUUACCAACGGUCCCCUACCGGGGGAAGGGAAUGGCUGUCCCCUACCUGGACCCCAUUUCAGCUCGACGGCAAGCACCGGCCCUCUGCUGGUGUCCCCGGCUGUUCCCUCUGAGAAUGUAGCAUCUCCCCCUGGCGGUAUCGGCACCGCCAUUGGAAGUUCAACCACCUCUUUAACUGAGCCGAGGAAGGCCAGUCUGUUUGUUUACCCCAAUAUGCAACACUCUCUCCCUAGUGGCCGCCAGGCCAACCCCCCUGCUGCUCCAACAAAUCAGAAGUCUCUGGGGGACAUUUUUCAGAACCAAUGGGGCUUGUCCUUUAUCAACGAACCUAGUGUUGGUCCAGAGGGCGUGGCUUGUCGCUCAAAUAGAAAGGAUGGGCUGGUGGAGGUGAGCUUUCAGGGAGGCUGUCCAGCUACGGUGGCCGCUCAGACCUGCAAUACCUCUCAGAGACAGGAUCAACCACCCUUCCCCAAGGCUCACGAGCCAGAAAAACGGACUAACGCUCAGAAUCUGAGUAAAGGCAUGAACGUCGGUGCCGCUGCGGCAAGCGGAUCCGUAUCCGAGACCUCUGUCCAUAACCUGGAAGCCCAGAAAGAUGAGACGGGGGUUCAUGGUGCAAUAGUGUUUUGUUCUUCCUCUAAGGACGUUUGUGCCGAGCUGCCUCCCACCUCCCCGGCUGCACCUAAGGUGGCUUUGGCCAAGGACCAGGGCCAAACUAAGGGCUUUGACAGGAGGUCUAGUUGGGGGUCGUUUGAUCUAAAAGCUGCUGUAAUUUAUCACACUAAAGAAAUGGAAUAUAUUUUCAGUUUGCAAAAACAAGAUCCAAAUCGAAUAGUCCUUUACAGAGAGUCAUGGGAUGGACCUGCUCAAUGAAGCUGUGUCUGGACACUAUAUCCCAGCUGAACUCUGCUGCAAAAGAUGUGCUUGAGGAACAUGGCUGCAGCCUCUUAACAUCCUAAAUGGGAACUAAUCUUAAGAUGGUUUAGAAAGGACCUUGUUACCAGAAAGCAUUCAAGGCUAGAGAAAAACCGAAAGACGAUGCUUGAGAAAACGGGUUAGCUGAUUGUAGUGUAUUAGAAUGGAAGAAACGGAGAACUCGGUCUAGUGCAUAUGUUGCUGAAGACAAUUCAAACGACUUUGGGGACAUAAAACCCACACGUCAAACACUCAUGAUAACUCUGUCAUGGCAUUUGUUUGGACAGAAGCUACUCCUUUAAGUACUCAUGGACCUAAAGAGAGCCGUCUUCAUCUCCAGCCUCCUGGGGAAGAGGAUGUUACCAUGCCACCUCUUGAAUUCAGAUAAGGUAGACUUAAAGUGGUCUCAUGGGCAUACGUUGAUUUCAAAAUUUAAGACGACCACAAGUGUUGCUACCCAAUGAAACAACAUACUGUGGCCAGAGGAACAUGGCUUUUUUUGAGAUUCAGGGGAAUCCAGCUUCAUCUGUGUCUUGGGGGGCAGGUAGUUCAAGCCUCGGGGAAUAAUAAUUGUCUUAAUUUAAUUUCUUGUUAGUGAGGCAUCUCUUUGUUAUCUUCAUUUAUUUUCAUCGAAACUCCCGGGGCAAGUUUUGAGGUACACUUUAAACAGGAGACCGUACUCCCUGUCGUGUGCAUGUGCAGUAUGCUGCUCUGUGUGUCCUCUUAAAGUGCUAUCAUCCAAUAGUCUUAUUGUCGUCCGUUCACGCUUCUGUCGAUCGAUAGCCAUUCACGUUUCUUGCUCAUCGUGUGAGAGUGUGUAAACCGAGGGAAGGGGUCGCACUAUAAUAUUUUAUCUGGAGUGCUUUUAUGUUUUAUUAACAGGUCAAUCACAGAAGACUAAUUGAUGAGUUGCGCCACAUCUUACACGGUUGCUUUAGCUCCAGCGCUUAUAGGUACGUCAUGAUAUUUUAUAAGUGUUUAUUAAAGUCGAAUCUAGCUUUUUUUGGAUUAGUUCUCUAGACCUGCUUGUCUGUUCGGGGUUGUUUUUCCCGAAUAGACAGUAGUAACUACUGUUUUGUCAUGGAGGUGUGUCAUUCACCCAGAUUCAGAAAACCAAGAGAGCGCUUGCCGGUGAAAAAUCCGACCUUUAUAUUUUACUGCAUAGACUAGCAGCCCCGGCGCCUAUGGUUAGCUUUUUAUUGAGCCCCGCAAGUCACACUAAAUGGAGUUUGGUUUUUAGCUUAUUGUUUAAACACUUGCUAAAGCACAUGAGCCUCAUCAGUAGAACCGCCGUUGACAGAAUUUCUGCCUGUAUUUAUGUCGAAAAAUGCAUACUAAACUUGAGUCUAUCUGUAUCAUUUCACAAAGUAAUUGAUUUAUACAUAAAAUCAGUAGCACUUUAUGUAUUAUGUUUUUUUGAAUUGUAUUUUCCUUGAAUGUCGACAUAUCAAUACCUGUUUGAAAUUCUAGCAAUUAAUCAUAGGCUACUAACUUUAACUUCUACCUAAGGACCGUCGGUCCACAAUCUCGAAUGAAAAUAAACGUAAAAAAUAAAAAACCGUAAAAGGAAAAAAAUAAAAAAGUCACUCAGGUAGAAUUAGGGCAGUGUUAUUCUAUCUAACAAAAAACGCACCAACAGUGUUAUUGCCAAAAACGAUAAGAACAUCCCGUGUUUGUACCAGCCGUUUUUUAAAGUUUUAACCGUUAAGGGAACUGAUUUAAGUUCUGACUGAAAGCCAAGCUUACAUGUAUUAUUUGGCAUCAUUUGUUUCUGUACAUGACCACAAGAUACUGCCAGGUGAAAUGAUGCAAGUACGCAAUGAAACGUUAACCACACUACGUAUUUGUAUGUCAAGGGUUUUAUUUAGUGCAUCAGUUCAGGUUUCAGCCACGUACAGGUUUGCUUCUGUUGAUAACCUGAAACGUGUCGUCAUAGUUCUUAAUCAAGUUUCUGUUCUUGAGAUGUUUUUGAUGUCUUUUCUUUAUGUUGGUUUGCUGCAAAAGCUCUUCAGCGUCAGUCUCAUGUGUUAAAACUCAAGUUAACCGAUAUGUUAGGUUGUUUUUUGAAGUUCUGCUUUAUCUUCUCUAAUUCCAUUUGGAUUCCACUUAAAAUCAGCAUUGUAGAGAAAUCCUGCAAUGAUAAAUAGCUUAUUUCAUGGCUUUUUUAGAUGCACAUCACUUCAUGGCUUCAAUUGAGUUUUUAUUGUAGUUAAUAUUGUCUUUUAACAGCUCACGGAGCAUUCUUGGUUUUUUUUUUUUUAAGGGAUUUGCUUAAGGAGUUACUGAUGUAGGCAUAAUUUAUAACCCUCAUUACGUUAAGUUAAUUAUGAAAUACCUCUGUGAACAUCCAUUGUCCUGAUAUCAUUAUUUUCCUCUGUAGUCAUGACCUUUAUUGUAAACUCUGUCAGCAGAAUGAAUUACGGCAGGUCUUUGUUUUGAAAGUAAACUCCAGGGGUCAGACGCACAUACAGAGGUUCUAUGCAGAGAAGGCAAACGGAGCCAAGUUUAUGAUUUUGGGGGGUUGCACAUUCGCUUAAUUUACUCGAUUCAAAUAAGCACUUAUUACCCCACAAAUUCUAUAAUUGCAAUAUAAAUUAUUUACAUGAAAAAUCUUCUUCAGCUGCCCUUAUCUAGUGUGUAAAGCAAUGAGCACGUACAGGUGGGAGAGGUACAGAUGUACUUGAUGCGUUUGAUUGCAAAAUCUGUACGGAGAAAAUGAAUCUAUGUUGGCAUCUCUGAAUUUCACGUGUUUUCUGGAUGUGUGAAUGAGUUUUCUUGUCCUGUCCCUACAACUCAACCGGUUCGGCGUGUGGAUGCAUUAUGUGUUUGUUCGUGUGCAAGCAUGUGUAUUUGUCUUCAUCCAUACGCUCGAUUAUAUGCAAAGUUAAUAUUGCAAACUGUUUAAGUUCAGGGUGCCUGUGUUAAGCGAUAUAUUAAAUGGAAUCACAUCAGAACAUGACAAAAAAACUCGCUUUUUCUUUCUUCCUCCCCAGCAAUCUUCAGUUGUGCCAUGUUUGACUGUUAAAAUUUUGAAUUAAUAUUACAUUUUUAUGUUGCUCUCUCUGAAUUUCCUAGUGGACACGAAGAGGGGGUUGCAUUUUUGUCUCAAAAAUCUUUGUCACUGCUAAUAAACUUGUUGAAAAAG